UAUUUGCUAAAAUCUCAAAACAUUUCCCGGGAAAACGAAGUAAAACAAACUAACCAAGCGAGGGAAAGACGAGUAAGCUUUCUUAAGUAGGUUAGCUUGCUACUUUUGGUUGUCUUUGAUCGCGUGUAGUGAGUCGCCUAUGAUGGUAUGCAGUCUGAAGCAAAGGAACCAGAGGAGGAUAGUGUAUGGGAGGAACCUCCUUCAGUGCUGUGGGGACUGGACCCAAUGUUCAACGCUUUCAACAGGCUCUAUGUCAAAGACAUCCUACAGAUGAGAGAGUCCUGUCAAGUGUCAGGGAUAUAUUUCUACAACUCUCACCCGAUAUUCAAAGUUGAUGUGCUCGGGACUGUGGUGUACAAGCGAGAGCGAGAAGACUUCUUCUGUUACGGAGUUGAUGAUGGUACUGGUGUUAUAAACAGCCUUUGCUGGAAAGAUGAACAGUGGAGGGAUCAAGGUGACCCUGCUACAUCAGGAGCAAGGUCUUUCGGUAGCAGCGCACGUGGAGACUUCAACCCAGCCAACGAGCUGAAGAAACUACGGCAAGCCCAACACAGCAGCUCCCACCUGGAGAUAGGAGAACUGCUCAGGGUGCGAGGGCCCGUCAAGACCUCCAGACAACAGCGAGAGAUAAUGGCCUCUACAUACUAUAAAGUGUCAGACCCGGUGAUGGCGGUCCAGAUAUCCUGGAUGAUGGAGGUUCCUCAGCUCUACAGACAGUGCUAUGAUAAACCAUUCCAUCUGGACAGCAGUGCACAGAACCCUAACAUUCAAGGUGGUUCUGCUUCCUACCUGCUUGGCAGAGCCACUCGUAUCCUGAAGGACUUCCUGAAAGAGAAAGAAGUCACCAGGUUCAGACCCUAUGAUGUCCAGGACCUUUUACAGCCUCUGGUCUCCAGACAACCUCAGAAGACAGCAUCAGAACAGGAGCCUGAGGCUGGUCCAUCAUCGGGUCCACCAACAUCUUUCAAACAGCUCAGGGAGCUACUCCAGAAGAGCCUUCAGAUCCUGCAGGACGAAGGCCUGGUGUUCCGCAAGGUCAAAUCUCAGGAUGAAGUCUACCAUGUAACGGAACAGGACAAGGAUCUUCUCAUGGCAAUCAGAGACAUUCUUCGGGAAGAUUGCAGACGAGAGAAAUAUGCGGAAAAGGGUUGCCACAUCCUGCACGUCCUGUCCAGUGUGAGACAGAGGUACAGUCGCAACGUGAGCAAGGCAGCCUUGGAGCUGGUCCUCAAAGCUCUGGAGUGUAAUAGUGAUAUCAUCAGCACCAGCGACAGUCAUUACACUAUCCUCUGACGCUGACUUAGACAUUCUGGGACAUUCCACAAACUGUCUGAAAUGGAGUGAAACGGGGAGGUACCAUCCGACCUUGUCCAAUAAGAAACGCAUGUUUUUGUUUUCCGUUGGAAAAAAAUAUAUAACGUGUGACCUAAUAAAUAUGACCCUUAAUACAUUUGAUUAUUACUUAACAUGGCCAUCUUCAAGAUAUCAGGUGCUAUCAAUCAUGCUAGAGCUAUGUACAUUUGUAAGAAUGUAUAUUUAAAGAGUACAGGACAAGCUGUUUUGUGCAAUAUAUAUAUUUUUUUAAAUGUGCAAAAGUUGUGUAAAUGAUGUGUAUAAUAACUGGAUUUAGAAUUCAACUUGGAGCAUAUGUUCAUUUUGCACACGGGGGCAGUAUUUCGUCGUUUAAUAUGCACCGCGAUGCAGCCCAUCGCUGAUUGGUCCACUUUGAAACAUCUGUAUCCAUACGUCCAAGCUAUUGAUGAGAGCAGCCUAUAGCGUCUUAUGACUCAGUUGCCACCUCUGUCAAAGAAACUGCGAGGCAUAAGAAGCAAUAUAUGGACUAGUUUAUGCUAUCUAGGCCUAUGGAACAAAUAGGUUGUUAUAGCUAUUUGUAGCCUUUUUAAUUGUUUUUUAACCAUAAAUGUUUUUGAUAAGGGAGAGAAUUGAAUUGUUAUGCUGAAACCAAUCACAUCCAUAAAAAGUAU